CUGAGUUCCCUCAACCGUACCGUUAAACCACGAAUCUAUGACUAAUGAUCAGUUAGUUUACACCAACUCUUUACAGUGACAUUUGACACUGGUACCAUAAUCAAAUAAGGCGUUACAUAAAACUGGCUGGUGAAAAUUGCGAUUAUUUUCUGUACUUAUCGACGAAAGUAACUGUUUUCGAACCACUUGACUCACUUAAUAGUGUUUACUUUGACGAUGCUCGGAAACAUAUAUUUACUCUCAGGAGUCGUGGUACGAUGGGUGUCAAUGUCAAAUCUGUCGUUGAUGACUUGGUUUUGAAUUUUCGCAUAGAUGAUCAAGGCGAAGUUUUGAGCAUUAAGUUUUCUGAAGAUAACAAAAUCUUGGGAAUUCAGCGGACUCAUCGAUCAGUUGACUUCUUGAAUUUUCAAGCCAAUUGCCCCAGGGGUGUACAGUAUUCUCAAGAAUGCAAGAAUAAGUCAGCAACGCUUCUGGGAUUUGUGUGGUGUUCCAACUAUGAGGUCCUUUUUGUCACAAACGAACAACUGGAGUUAUAUCAAGUAUUACCUGAGAAGAAUACUCUACGCUUAAAUAGUUAUUUACCUCUCAACACUUGCUGGUUUUUAUGGAACCCAGAGACACAUAUUUGUAUCACUUCAGACCAAGAGAAAAAACUACAUAUAUUUCAACUGAAGACACCCGGCACAAUCACAAAAGGACCAAAGUUCCUGUCUCCUACAUCGGCAGGGGCCAAUGGUGAUACCAUAUCGAUUGAACAGAAACACUGUUUUUUAGCUUUAUUAUAUGAGGAUUUGUACUUUGGUACUCUUCGCUACGUAAAGCUACAUAACGAACCAAAUCUUACUCGAACUAUUAGUUUUUAUACUUUAAAAAUAGAAGAUCCCAUCGUAUUGACACACCUCUUAAUUUUAGAUUUUCAGGGUCCUGUGUCAUUCAGUGUCUUGGAUAACCUGUUCAUGGUACACUAUCAAAGCAGAAAGGUUACUUCAGUUUUUGAUAUCGCUCUUAAUGGAACCGUUCACAAUGUAAUUCAUCAUUCACCUAUAUUACGUGAUAUUUCGAUUGCACCAUUCAGUCUUUUCACUAAAAUCAUUCCCUCAUUAUCAACAAACUUGGAUGCUCAAAUUCCUAUCGAUUUAUAUUCAAUGAAUUGGAUUAUUCAUCUGUGCGGUGUUGUAAUUGACAACAGUCUCGGUUGCUCAUGGCUGUUAUGCUUGAAUAAUAUGGUUUUUCCAAAACUAAUUGCUAAUCACAACCUAGUUGUGGAUUUUCUACUUCAUCGAUCCAGUGGCAAAAGUGUACUGUUAGAGUACUGCUCUAAAUUGGUGUUAGACAGUAUUGAAGAGGUUACUUCUAAUGUUGACAAACCUCUGAACUACAAAUUCGAUGGAUAUGGGUUGAAUCAACGACUAGAUCAGUUUGCGUUCGUCUUUAAACGGAUUUGUGAAGUUGGCUACUGUGGGACAAACGUCAUGAGUAAAUUGCUCACUGAUUCUGAUCGUAAAAUGCCAAGUGCUUCGGAAGCAUCAUGCCAUUGUUCUAUAGUUAAGACAAUAUCCAAAGGCGUACAUGCGGGUUCGUCAACCUUCAACAUUUCCCAACCUGAAAUAUAUUCACAUUUAUUUUUAAAGAACCAAGGUGUUGAGAGACUAGAAGUCCGUAAAUUGUUUCGCUCUAUACUGAUUGAAUAUAUUCGCAUAUUUUCAGAGCACGACAUUUGUGUAGAUCAUUGUUUCUACGAAAUGCUCGUCAAUCUCACCGCCAGAGUGGGGGAUUAUACACAACUCAGUUUUUAUAUUCAAAGUCGUCUACUUGCUGAUUCAAAGCCUACCGCACUUCAACUGCUUUCUUUGGAAAGUGUGUAUCCCGCAGCAGGACAACUUGGUAUUGAUAUGCUAAAGAGAUUGAAUACAUGCAACACUGAAUUGUUCGAUGCAUUACUGAUAAAAGGACGGCCAUUAGAGGCAUUAAGAUUCGCUAGGCUGCAUCGCUCAGAAAAUGUCAUUGACAUGGAGAAUGUUCGCAAUUAUUUGGAUGCUAUUCAACAAAUCGAAGAUUAUAUGGAAUUAUAUUGUACUCACCAUUUUCUUAAAGAAAGUUCAAUGUGUAUGGAGUCUUAUUGGGACUCAGAUGAAUGCCGUAAAUAUUGUACCGAACACUUUAGUGACCUGUUUCCGUCCGCUUAAUUUGAACUGCAAUUUCAUAUAAAAGAAAACAAAUGUCUUCUUAACCCUUAUUCUGUGAACUCGUAUAUAACCAUAUCUUUUUUCUCUUUUCUGUUGUUUCAUUUUUGUAAGCGUACUACACCAUGAUACAUCCAAUAAAGUAUACGUUGUGUUGAAUUUGUAAAUUAAUAGACGUUUCGUUCGCUUAAAUAUGCCAUAAUAUAACGUUUACCAUAGUAAAAACUGCUUUUGUCCAAGUA